AAGAUAUUUGGACCUGGUAAGAUAGAUUUCCAGGUUUUAUUUUUCCGCACGCCUCUCGUGCUGCUACGUUUCAUGCAACAGGCUGCACCACCAAUGUGGAGUCUACGCUGAGGAAUAGUACCACCUGUAACUGUGCCAGUCUGCCCCCGACUUUCAUGCCGACGCCGAGGAUGAAGAAGCAAAACGUCCGGACCCUGUCGCUCAUCCUCUGCAUGUUCUCAUAUCUGUUGGUCGGCGCCGCGGUGUUUGACGCGCUGGAGUCCGAGUCGGAGAGCGCCCGCAGGCGCAUCUUGGAGCAGAAGCGCAACGAGAUGAAGAAGAAGUAUCGCUUCUCCGAGGACGACUACCGCGAAAUCGAGCGAGUGGUGCUGCAAGCUGAGCCCCAUCGCGCCGGGAGACAGUGGAAAUUUGCUGGCUCUUUUUACUUUGCCAUAACAGUCAUCACCACCAUUGGUUAUGGACAUGCAGCACCGGGCACAGAUGCAGGAAAGGUGUUCUGCAUGUUCUACGCUGUACUGGGCAUUCCUCUCACUUUGGUCAUGUUCCAGAGCCUGGGAGAAAGGAUGAACACAUUUGUCCGAUACCUCCUCCAUAAGGCGAAACAGUGCAUGGGCUUUCGACGCCCUGAAGUGUCCAUGGAGAACAUGGUCCUGGUAGGCUUCCUGUCCUGCAUUGGAACACUGUGUGUGGGAGCUGCAGCUUUCUCCCACUUUGAGGGAUGGAGCUUCUUCCACGCUUACUACUACUGCUUCAUCACACUCACCACGAUUGGUUUUGGGGACUUUGUGGCCUUGCAGAAAAAGGAGGACCUCCAGGAGAAAACUCCCUACGUGGCGUUCAGUUUCAUGUACAUCCUGGUGGGGCUAACUGUUAUUGGGGCCUUCCUUAAUCUCGUGGUGCUUCGCUUCCUCACCAUGAACACUGAGGAUGAGAGGAGAGAUGCUCAAGAGAGGGCGUCACUGAAGCGGGAGAGAGGCCUUCUGGAUGGGGCUGUGGGCCUCCAUGUUGUAGGUGAACAGAGCAGAGGCAGCCACAGGGAGAGGAACAGGAGCAAUGUAGUGCACAGUCACAGCACGCUGUUCCUCCCAAUGGAGGAAGGAACCAGCCGCACCAACCUCAUUGCUUCCCCAGCGGAGGAUCAGGAGAGGCGAAGAAGCCCCUGCACACACAGGCUACAUUUUCAGAUCAAGGGAGGAGGAUGCAGGCCAGAGUCGAGCCUCAGCUCUCUCUGCUCUUGUGUAUGCUAUCGCUUAGGGAUUUGUGAUAGUCCCCUUGUGUCCCACAGUGAACACCAUGGCUGCCAUAUCAAUUCUGUUUAUUACAACUCGGUCUCCUACAGGAUCCAGGGCUGCUCGCCGGGUUCCAGGGACAACACUGGACUCUCGUCCCCAGGAAGCACACUCUCACCUGGGCAUAGCUUCCGAGAGUUCCCUCGUUCAAGAAGGAAGUCAGUGUAAAGAGCACCAUGUAGUGAGGGAAAGUGUUUGCACUGACUGUAAACAGUAUUUUCAAUGACACUGUAUUUUGUGUUAUAUUUCUUUUGUGCAUGUCAGCUGAUGAUUCUGUUAACUGAGUAAGUUGUCUGUUGUGGCUAUUGAAAAUAAUUUUAUUUGUAAAGCAAAAUGGGAUUUCUUUUCUUCUUUCAUCUUGCCAUUAUUUAUGUAUGUGACUCUGCUGUUUUCCUUGCAUGUAGAAGCCAAAGUGCAGUGCAUGCAGAAGAGAAUGUAUAGCACACAAUGUGAAUGCACGAGUGCUGUGUGAAGGUUGGGCUUUUUAUCUACAAUUUUAACUAAAGUAUUUUGGUUAUAGUGCUUUUCAUUGACUGUAACUUUUCAGUGAAGGUAUGUGAAUGACUCUGCUCCUGUUUUAGACAAAACCCUAAAUUUUUCAUGCCAUAGCUAGAAGAUGUCAUUAUACUUUUAUAUAUAUAUUUAAAAAAGCCUUAAACAAUUUUGACCAAGUACAUGAGAUAUGUGGCGUCUUAGCUCAGUGAAUUUAAUAAAAACCCUUUUAUUACUUAUCAUUGGGGAUGUCAGAAUAACUUUUCUGUGCAUCAUUCAGCACUGAUGCACUAUAUAGAGAUUAUACUUGUUACAUAACUGAUUCAAAUUUAACUGAUGUAGCACUUAACAGGUAUGUAGCAGGUUACGAGUGAACUUCCCACUGUUCUGGAAAAGUUGUCAUUUUCCGGACACAAUGGUGGUGUUUCCUUGUUCUUGGUUUGCAGUCAGUCUCUUACAGUAUUGUUUUAUUAAACCAAAGGACA